AUGGCGUCAGCUGAUAGUCCCCGCGACGGGCUUCGUAGCACCAUCAUCAUCAGUUCAGAUGCGGAGAUGGAUGAACACCAGCCCCCGGCACGAAAGCUUCGAAGAAAGAGACCCCGCACAGACUACAGCUAUCCGGUGUAUGAGGCUCUAUUUGAUGACCCAGCGCCCUCCGAAAUGAGGCAGCCACCGAAAAAACGUAAAAUUCCCAACUUGGACGCGGUUUUGGAAACCGCGAACCAGGGAAUUCAUAACAUUUUCGAGGCGGAGCAUGCGAAGAGAGAAGCGCUGGAAGAAGAAGUGCAGCACCUGCGUGCAGAAAUCACUAGGAAGAAUGGGCUGGUCGACAGACUCGAGACUGAAGUCCGAACUCCGCCAGCGCAGCAAUCCACUCUUCCAGUUUAUUGCGCGGUGUUGGGUGACAUUCUCCAGAAGGUGCCCUUCCAAACCUAUGCCUCCGAUUUCUCAUCUAAGACUGCAGCCCCCCUUAACGUCCCGCCCGAGCGGCUGUCUGUUGACAGGACCUCAAAUAACCAGCCCCAGCCUCCUGGUGGUAUCGAACCAGACGGCUGGAACAAUAUCUCAGAUUCUGGGGCUACGACAGAACCGUUGGCCCAUGAUGAAUUGGAGAAUCUUCCCUAUUGGUAUGGGGCGCAGCAGGUUGAAAAGAGCCUUAAGAUUUAUCAUGUCGGAGAUAAAGGAGAAGGCGAUGCUACGAAAGAAUCGUCUGAGCACAUUACGUCCUCGACCAUCAACACGCAAUUAACGGAAGAUGUGAUCGGCAAUAAAACGGAACCCCAUGCGGCGCCGACAUCCCUGAGGAGUGCCAGAAUUCUGAGUGAAAAGACAACAAAAACUGAAGUCCCAUGCGGUGUCAGCAUCCCUGAGGAAGUGAGCUCCUUGAGGAGUGAAAUCCCAUGUGGUGUCAGGUCCCCUCAGGAAGUAAAGCCCCUUGGGAAUGCCACAUUUUUUGAACUAUUAGCCACCGGAGUAAAAUCCCUGAGGGACGCCAUAACCUCAGUAGAGAAGGCCACGAAAUUAAAAGCCCAGCUUAGUGAUGGUUUCGAAUUCAUUGGUUGUACCAGACAUGUCACUCACUAUAUCUUUGUCUGGUGGUGGAAAGUGGCUGUUCGAAGCAUCAGACUUGUUAAAAUUAAUCGUAAAGUACCGGUUGUCUUCAUGGAUGAGGAGGUAGACGCCCUUGCAGCGACAGUCAUCAAAGUAGCUACGCAGCAUACGCUGGAGUGUGCCUUUCCGUCGGUAACGCAUCUGCACAAGGCUGCUGUGCACAGUCCAUGGCUUCUUGACACGCUUUGA